GCUUUCUUCCCCUCGGUUCUUCCGAUUUGGUGGAUGGUUUUUCUUCAGAUCGUCUUCCACGAUGUUUUCUCGCGUCGUAGCGCCGAAAAGAUCCCAUUUUUGUGGCAUUUUUCUUUGAAAGAUUUGGUUUUGUUGGAUUCCGUAUCGGUUCGCUCAAUAUUAUAAAGAUCCGAUUUUCACGGCAUUCUUCCUUGGAAGCUGAAAUUUGGAAGACAAAUAUCAGGGAAUGCAGAAAGAUGUGUUUGUAUGUCAAAUCCCCGUCUAAGGUAUACAACAGUGUUGCCCAAAAUGAGGUCUCUGUGGUUGCCCCAGAUGACGUUGGAGUGCACAUCGAUAUCCAAUCCAUGCUUGAUGCACAACCAAACAAUGGGGCUAUAAGUGUUCAUCUGGCUCUUGUAUUUUAUGACCUUGUGGAAGACGGUUGAGAUCAACUGUGCCGAAUUCCUUUACAUCGUAGAAAGCAUAGAUCACCCUAGCAGGGGGGAAUAAGACACUGUUUUUUGGGUUGUAGCUAUAUUAGAAAAUGGAAAGGCAAAAUAGAGAAAGUGUGUUGAUGCAGAGGUAUGAAGUCGGGAGAUUGCUAGGGAAAGGAACUUUUGCCAAAGUUUAUUAUGCUAGGAAUGUGAGAACUUCCCAGAGUGUUGCUGUUAAAGUCAUAGACAAAGAGAAGGUCUUGAAGGUUGGGCUUAUCGAUCAGAUAAAGCGAGAGAUUUCUGUAAUGAGAUUGGUGAAACACCCAAAUGUUGUGCAGCUUUAUGAGGUCAUGGCUACCAAAUCUAAGAUAUACUUUGUCCUGGAAUAUGUAAAAGGUGGUGAACUUUUUAACAAGAUUGCAAAAGGAAGGCUCAAAGAAGACGUUGCACGGAAAUAUUUCCAACAGCUGAUCAGUGCCAUCGACUUCUGCCACAGCAGAGGUGUCUAUCACCGUGAUCUAAAGCCUGAAAACCUUUUGCUUGACGAAAAUGGAAAUUUAAAGGUUUCAGAUUUUGGCUUAAGCGCUCUUGCUGAGUCCAAACAGCAGGAUGGCUUGCUCCAUACGACUUGUGGUACUCCAGCAUAUGUUGCUCCUGAGGUGAUUGGCAGAAAAGGAUAUGAUGGUGCAAAGGCUGAUACCUGGUCUUGUGGGAUCAUUCUGUUUGUUCUGAUGGCUGGUCAUCUCCCUUUUCAUAAUUCGAAUCUGAUGGAGAUGUAUAGGAAAAUUGGGAGAGCCGAUUUUAAAUGCCCCAUUUGGUUCUCAUCCGAUGUUAGAAGACUCCUUGUACGAAUUCUUGACCCAAAUCCUAAUAGUAGGAUCUCAUUUGCAAAGAUUAUGGAAACUCCUUGGUUUAGAAAGAGACUUGAUGACAAACUAUUUAAGAACUCCAAGGAAACAAAGGAAACUGAUCCUUCUCAUGUUGAUGAAGAGUUAAGUUCCUCUGGUAGCAACAUGGCUGAGGCAAAACAGGAGACGGGAAAACUUGCUACGUUAAAUGCUUUUGACCUCAUCUCUCUUUCAGCAGGAUUUGAUAUUUCAGGUUUGUUCGAGGAGACUGACCACAGGAGAGAAGCAAGGUUUACGUCUGAUCACCCAGCGUCUGUUAUUAUCUCAAAGCUGGAGGAGAUUGCCAAGCUCUUGAAGUUAAAAGUGAAGAAGAAGGAUCAAGGGGUACUGAAAAUGGAAGGAUCAAAAUCAGGGCGAAGUGGCGUUUUGGCCAUUGAUGCUGAGAUCUUUGAGGUUACUCCUGAACUUCAUCUGGUGGAGAUCAAGAAGACCGACGGGGAUACUUGGGAGUAUGAGAAGCUGUGGAAACAGGACAUUAGACCGGCCCUGAAAGACAUUGUUUGGAUGGACAUGGCAAGGAAAUAUGACAGUAGUCGUCACCACUUUGAUUUGUCCUGCAUCAUGAACCCGCAAGCUAGCUCUGAAUUGGCUGAUUGAGAUUGAUGAGGGUGGCUUAAUUGUUGUCACUCUCAAACAAGAUCUCGAGUAUGAUGUAGGUGUGCAAAUUAAUUUCCAUUGGCAAGUUGUGGAUUGACCUGGGGAAGCCUUUUAUGGGAUUAACUACAGCGUGCUCAUUAUGAAGCGCACGGACCACAGGCUUGACAGGGCAAUGGAAAGUUAUGUACCUGGCCAUGGAGGCAAAAGCCCCAAAGAAAGGGCAGCUUGACCUCCUUCGAGGGAAAAGCAAAAGAUGAAGACGGAGUGCUCACGCUCCCACAUGCUGUUGUGAAAGCCCCUCUGCAACUUUAUUGCCACUUGAACCGUCUCCUUCACUCCCCCCAACUUUCUCUCUCUCUCUACUGUGUGCAAAACGUUGCAAGUGCUAAUAACAUAAAAAUGACUGGGUUUCGUGCAGUGUUCUUCGGUGAUGUUGCAAUGUGGCCCAUCUCAUGUUCAAGAAGCGAAGACUCCAAGGUAUCGGGCAAGAAACGAAAGCAAAGGUGUCUGCGUUCCAUGUCCCACAGGCAAGGAAAUGAAUGCCUCCCUCUUCGAAGAUGGGCAAGAAGAAGUCGAGAGGGUCCCAAUCCUUAAGUUGGACUGCGUGAUUGCUCGCAGACUUCUCCAACUAC